AUGUACUCCACUGCCCUCCGCUCCACUGUCCACUCACCUCCGCUGGCUCUGUGCCCCAAGGCCCUGGCCUCUAUGGCUGGCGUCCAUGGGUUUCCCUAUCUUCUGGCCUCCAGCUCCUCCCCUAACUCCCCAAAACACUGGGAAGAUGGGCCUUCUGUCCUGGAAGGGCCAGUCUCCUGCGGGGGAGCGCUAUGCAUAGGAAGGAAAGCCGUGUUACUCGAUGGUUCUACUGAACCACUAAGCAGCAGGGGCUCUGGGGGCGCCGUGGAGAUAGAGAACCCUUACGAAGGCGAUGCUGGAUCCUAUGGGUCUCAACAGAGGGCCUUACGGGGCCACUGUAACAACCAACCAGGAACGGGAGGCUCAACACAACUGAAAUGUGCUUCCUCACAGUCCUGGAGGCCCGAACUCCAAAACCAAGGCGCCAGCAGGGCCACGCUUCCUCCACGGAGCCUCGGGGAGCAGAUGGUCUUGAGGAGACUUGCUUCCGCAACCCUUUCCCAGCUGCAGCUGCCUCUCCGCCGUCUCUGCCUCCGUGGCCACGCGGCAUCUUCUCCCUGGCGUGGGCUGAACGACCGCAUCCUGGGCAGGGAAGAAAAAAAUGCUGGCGACUAAACCGUGAGGUGCCUUCAAGAGUAAAAUGGAACCUAAGAGGAAGACGGAACCUAACAGAGAUGUCAGGAGGAGAAGAAACACGCAUCUUAGAAUUGAUAAGCACGAUAC